CAACUGGCCGGGAGCCAGGAGAUUAAUUCAUGACCUCACUGCCAAAGCCUCCUGCUCCGGCCCCCCUUUCCAUCCCUGCACAGCCCUGCUCUGGCCUUGCCGGAGGAGGACCUUUUAACCCAGGAUCAGCCGCUGGGAGACCUGUCCUGGGUCUGGCUCCCGGAGGGACCGGGUAAAGGAGGGUGGAGUAGGGUCCUGAAUCCAAUGGAGUCACAGUCCCCAGGAAAAAAGUGUCUGGGAAGGAAGAUAGUCCUCUUUGCCUCGGGUAUUCAAUCCCCCUCAGUAGUGAUUCCGGCCAGUGAUAGAGCGGAGAUCCGAGGACCUCUCGAGAAAUGGAAAGACCGACUUACUAGCAGAGGCGAACGCGGAAAGCGCAGCUCCCAGCCUAAGAGCCCCGGUUAGGCGCAGGCGGUGUCCUCGCAGUCCUGUUCCGGCGCACUGACCCCGGGCCCGGCCCGGGUCCCACCGAGAGAUGCUGUGCGGUCGCUGGAGGAGGUGCCGCCGCUCGCCGGGGGAGCCCACGGUGUCCGCCCAGGUCGCUGCGCCCCUUGCGCUCCAGCCCUCGCCCGCUUCACCGGACGGAGGCACCAAGAGGCCCGGGCUGCGGGCACUGAAGAAGAUGGGCCUGACCGAGGAUGAGGAUAUCCGAGCCAUGCUGCGGGGCUCCCGGCUCCGCAAGAUCCGCUCACGCACAUGGCACCAGGAGCGGCUGUACCGGCUGCAGGAGGACUGUCUGAGCGUGUGGUUCCAGCGGCGUAUUCCGCGCGCGCCGUCGCAGCACAUCUUUUUCGUGCAGCACAUCGAGGCUGUCCGGGAGGGCCAUCAGUCCGAGGGCCUGAGGCGCUUCGGGGGCGCUUUCGCGCCUGCGCGCUGCCUCACUAUCGCCUUCAAGGGCCGCCGCAAGAACCUGGACCUGGCAGCCGCCACUGCUGAGGAGGCGCAGCGCUGGGUGCGCGGCCUGGCCAAGCUGCGCGCACGCCUGGAAGCCAUGAGCCAGCGCGAACGACUAGACCACUGGAUCCAUUCCUAUCUGCACCGGGCAGACUCCAACCAGGACAGUAAGAUGAGCUUCAAGGAGAUCAAGAGCCUCCUUAGGAUGGUCAACGUGGACAUGAAUGACAUGUACGCCUAUCGCCUGUUCAAGGAGUGUGACCAUUCCAAUAAUGAGCGGCUGGAGGGGGCUGAGAUUGAGGAGUUCCUCCGGCGACUGCUGAAACGCCCUGAGUUGGAGGAGAUCUUCCACAGGUACUCGGGUGAGGACCACGUGCUGAGCGCCUCUGAGCUACAGGAGUUCCUGGAGGACCAGGGUGAGGAUGGUGCCACCCUAGCCCGUGCCCAGCAGCUCAUCCAGGCUUAUGAGCUCAAUGAGACAGCCAAGCAGCACGAAAUGAUGACAUUGGAUGGCUUCAUGAUGUAUCUGUUGUCGCCCGAGGGGGCUGCCCUGGACGUGGCUCACACGUGUGUAUUCCAGGACAUGAGCCAGCCCCUUGCACACUACUUCAUCUCCUCUUCUCACAACACCUACCUUACUGACUCUCAGAUUGGAGGGCCCAGCAGCACCGAGGCCUACAUUAGGGCCUUUGCCCAGGGAUGCCGCUGUGUGGAGCUGGACUGCUGGGAGGGGCCAGGAGGGGAGCCUAUCAUCUACCAUGGCCACACGCUCACCUCCAAGAUUCUCUUCCGAGAUGUGAUCCAAGCUGUGCAUGACCACGCCUUCACGCUGUCCCCAUACCCUGUUAUCCUGUCCCUUGAGAACCACUGCGGGCUGGAACAGCAGACUGUCAUGGCCCACCACCUUCGAAGCAUCCUAGGAGACAUGCUGGUGACACAGGCACUGGACUCCCAGAACCCCGAGGAGCUGCCGUCUCCUGAGCAGCUGAAGGGACGGGUCUUGGUGAAGGGCAAGAAGCUGCCAGCUGCUCGGAAUGAGGAUGGCUGCAUUUUAUCAGACAGGGAGGAUGAGGAAGAGGAGGAAGAAGAGGCUGAAGAGGCCUCAGAGGUUGCAGAACAGAGGCGGAGGGCUAAGCAGAUCUCCCCGGAGCUGUCAGCGCUGGCUGUGUAUUGCUGUGCCACCCACCUGCGGACCCUGCACACCAGUCCUGGCUCCCCUCAGCCCUGCCACGUCAGCUCCCUCAGCGAGCGCAAGGCCAGGAAGCUCAUCCGGGAGGCAGGGAACAGCUUUGUCAGGCACAAUGUUCAGCAGCUGACCCGAGUGUACCCACUGGGGCUGCGGAUGAAUUCGGCCAACUACAGCCCCCAGGAGAUGUGGAACUCCGGUUGUCAGCUGGUGGCUCUGAACUUUCAGACUCCAGGCUAUGAGAUGGACCUCAACACAGGGCGCUUCCUCAUAAAUGGGCAGUGCGGCUACGUCCUGAAACCUGCUUGCCUGAGGCACCUUGACACAACCUUUGACCCCGAGUACACUGGACCCCCCAGAACUACUCUGACAGUCCAGGUGCUAACCGCCCAGCAACUGCCCAAGCUGAACGCUGAGAAACCUAGCUCCAUCGUGGAUCCUCUGGUUCGAGUGGAGAUCCAUGGGGUGCCCGCAGACUGUGCCCGCAAGGAAACUGAUUAUGUGCUCAACAAUGGCUUCAACCCUUGCUGGGGGCAGACCUUGCAGUUUCAGCUUUGUGCCCCAGAGCUGGUGCUGGUCCGGUUCGUGGUAGAAGACUAUGAUGUCACCUCCCCCAAUGACUUUGUGGGCCAGUUUACGCUGCCUCUCAACAGCCUGAAGCAAGGGUACCGUCACAUCCACCUGCUUUCCAAGGAUGGAGCCUCUCUGUCCCCAGCCACACUCUUCGUCCACAUUCGCAUUCAGAACUCUUGAUGGAUCCACUGACUCCCCCCUGAUCAGUGGGUAUCAGUCUGUAUCACUACAGAGAGGCCUCUCCAGUCCAAGGGACCAUGGGAGUCAGCCCCUCACCUGUCCUGCAUACCAGGUUGCUGGACUCACCUGGGUGCUGAGAGCUGCUCAGUCCCUCCUGAGGGACAGAUCCAAGCAUGAGCUGUGCUUUGUCCAGAGAUUCACUGGACUUCAGUGGGCCCCAGCUCCCUUAAUCUUCUGCCUACUCACUCACUCACUAUCUGCCCUGCACGAGCCAUCCCCCUUCUUCCCCAAAGGGGUAGAGCCACCUACAUUGCCUCUACUGGGGCAUUAGUGGGACCCUAGGCCCUCCUACCCCUCGGGCUUUCUCCCUCCUGCUCUUGAACUUGAGCUCGCCUUUCCUUCCUGUCACAAGCAAGAAGAGAGUGGAUGAGGCAGAGCCCUGGGGAACCUUGGCAGGAGGUUUGUGAUUUGUGUCAUUGAAGAGCCUUGGAGAGGGUGGGAGAGUAACUAUUUUUAACAAUAAAGAAAAAGUUUACUUUCCUA